CCACAACCAAUCUAGGUCCGUGGAGGUGGUACCAUAAACUGCCUAUAAAAGGAGGCUCACAGGGUGUUCGGCCUCCAUUUUGUCUCAGCUUUCGGGGUGUGCUGUGGUAGGUUCUCUGUGCUCCAGAAAGCUAAGGGGCUGGUUAGUUCUCGAAACAAACAGGACAGCCCGGUGACAUAAAGGAGUGUGGGCUCGACCAGUGCAGACCGGACCAGACCGGAUCAGACCAGACCAGACCGGAUCGCAGCUUAGACUGGGUGCACUAGCGUUCUUCUGAGAAAGAGCACCAGUGUCCAAGCCAGGUAGUGCUUGACUACCUACUCACAGAAAAUCUCAUCGACAGUGGAAGAAUUGCCUGAAGUGGAUUGUAAAAACAACUGCAAGAGUCAAGAGAGUGUUGGAGGGAGUGUUCAGGCCAGAGUCUCUGUUCCAUACAGCAGCAAAUCCUAAGGCUUGAGUGAUCUCCAUUCACUGUUUCCAGCUGUGCUGAGUGCCUGUCUUAAGAUUCUGAUAGAGGUUGUUCUCCCUUGGCAUACAUUGCUGAGUUGGAAAACUGCUUCACUUGCAUUUAGCGUUCAGCGCCAUUUUCUGGUGAACUUAGGAAACAAAUUAAACCGUCAAGAUUGCUAGUAACCAAGAAACGUGUGUUUAUUUGCAAAGAAAAAGUAUGGAUCCUGUAUUGAUACAUGCUCAAGUCCAGCUGUGGAGUGCAAAGGCAGGAAUGUCCAAGUCAAGAAAUGCAUUCAUUGAGACAUUUAUAGGCAAAAGGGAAGUUAAACUUAUUCUCUAUUUCAGCACUGGAAAGAUCAAGGCUUUGCAACUAUACAAUAAUAUUAAAAGUGUGGUCCUUCGAACCUAUGGCGAAGACCAGAAUUACCUACAUCUGACUUUUAAAAAUAAUGAUUUCUUGUUUGUCGAGAAACUCACCACCAUGGAUGCCAGACGACUGAAAAGAUUUUUGGACAAAAUCUAUCAAAGUAAUCUUCGGGCAGCCAGGAGAAGUGAUGAGAGACCUGGUGAUCUUAGCAUGAGUGCACAGGAGUUGAGCUCUUCCCCACCGGAAGGUCAUCUGAAAGCAAGUAGUUUGUGCUUUGAAUCAGCCAAAGAAAGCGAAAUGUGCUUGUUUCGUCAGUUGCCUUUACUUCCGCCCUCAUCAGCCUCACUUAAUGCAGUAGGAUUAUUAGAAUCACAGUUCAUGAAGAGGAAAAGAUUUUUUCUUGGUGCAGAAAAGGAAAAACAGAACCUGAAGGGCAGUACCAGAGAAUUUGAGACAAAUUUAGUAGUGUCCAUAUCUAAUGAAAAGGGGAAAGAAAGGGGUGUGAGAGCGGUAGAAAUCAGUAAGGCAGGGUUUGGAUUUCCAUUUGAGACCAACUAUCCCGAGGAGGGUAGUGUGAAUGUUCGUGAUCUUAAUGAUCUCAUUACAAAAUUAUUUUCACCAUUACUGUUUGAAACGCACUAUAUUGAGAAUGGGCUAAAUUGGCAUGAGUAUAUGGAGACAUUUUUACUUGACCCAGAGAAAUCAUGGCAAGGCCUACCUAAUGUUGGAAAUACCUGUUACAUAAAUGUUGUAUUACAGUCUCUAUGCUCAAUUCCGCUGUUUGUUAAUGACUUAUUCAAUCAGGGCUUCCCAUGGAUUAAACCUCCCAAAGAUGACUUUAACAUGCGCUUGAUGCAACUGCUGGUUUUGAAAGAUAUUUACAAUGCAAGAACCAGACAAAAGUUACUUAUAGGUAUUACAAAAGCCCUCCCAAUAUUUGGUGAGGUCUUUGCAGCUGACAGGCAGAAUGAUGCUCAUGAGUUUUUGAGUCUCUGUUUAGUUCAGUUGAAGGAGACUGUCCAGAGAGUAAACAUGAUGUGGCAAUCUGAGAAUGAAUCAGGAGAUUAUUAUUUACUUAAAGAGAUUUUUGCUAAUUAUACUAGCAUCAACAGAACACCUGUUUGUCCUGUUACCAACAAUUUUGAAUUUGAGUUGCUGAGUUCCAUCUUUUGUAAAGCCUGUGGCCUGACUGUUUUUAAGAGAGAACCAAGUAGAUAUCUCUCUAUCAACAUUCCUCAAGGAAUGAAAGACCAAAACAUGUCUAUCCAGUCCAGUUUAGAUCUUUUCUUUAGGGCAGAGGAGCUUGAGCAUAGGUGUGAAAGGUGUUUGUACAAUAAAUCUGUUGCAUUGCACAAGUUUGGCCGGCUACCCAGGGUUAUUAUUGUUCACCUGAAACGCUACAGCUUUAGUGAGUCCCGGAUAAUGAACAAAGAUGAGCAGCACAUUGUUAUUUCCAAGUACUUACGGCUGUCUUGUCACUGCAACAAGAACACAAAACCACCCCAGCCCCUUCUCCCAAAUGAGCAUGUUAAGAAUCUUGACUUACUAAGACCCCUUGAAGAGUUGGGUUCAGAAAUACUCAAAUUAUCAAGUAAUUCAGGGAGGACCUCAAGAUCCAAUGUUUUCCCGACUGUAAACAUCAGAUCAGACAAGGAGUUAGAAGUACAAAAUGGAAAGAGAGUCUCUGAAGUGUCGAGUGGGUCAGCGCAGCAGGAAGAUCUAGGGAAAGGUGCAAAUGUGGUCAGGUCAGAACUUACAAAUGAGACUGAGACAAUCAAACAUGAGAAAGAGUAUGUACUUAGUGAUUUAGAUUCUGGUAGCAUCAGUGAGGAAAGAUCACAAAAGUGCCAAGAGGCUGAGAAAUGCAAUAAAGAGGCACUUCCUCAAAGCUGUCCAAAUCCAAGCUCCCAGGAACAGACAGAAAACCUUGGGAAACCCACAGUGUCACAUACCCAGAAUGGUAGUCUAAGUUCACAGGGCUCAUCAGAUUCCAGUAAGAGCCCUGGAUGCAAUGAUGUUUUCGAUAAGGCAAAGCCUACAAGCAAGGUGGAGCCACAGAAAUUAAAUCAAAAAGAAGAUAACAUUUACAGGCUUGUUAGUAUUAUCAACCAUAUUGGGAACAGUCCCAAUGGAGGCCACUAUAUCAGUGAUGCCUUUGACUUCAGGAAGCAGAGUUGGUUCACUUAUAGUGAUCUGCAGGUGACAGGUAUACAAGAGGACCUUGUAUAUAAGGCUAGGCUUUCUACUGGAUAUGUCUUCUUUUACAUGCAUAAUGAUAUCUUUGAAGAGCUCUUGGCAAAGGAAGCUAGCACGUCCAAGGGUUAGUAAGAGCAGCAUACGCCUCACAGAACAUGUCUACCCAAAUGCCUCACUUAACCUAAAAAUAAUUAGCCCAGGACCAACACCUUAACAAACAUUUAGAGAGAAAGUUCCUUUUCAACUGUGACCACAUCAGUCUUAUCAUUACAGCUCAUGCUAAUGAGUGUUGUUCUCUCAUACAAAUUUGGAACUGUACCUUUUGUAUAACUUUGUCAGAAAAUUUAUUACUGACAGUGAGAUUUUCAAUAUUUGCUAUGGAAGUUAUAUAACCCAAAAUUGCCAUUCUAUUGAUUAAAAUGGCUUAUUUGCACUCAAAAACAUUCCAGUAAAAGGUACAUUUCUCUCUGCCUUUCUUGGAGGGUCAGCUUAAGAAGUUAUAAUGAAAAAGCUUUUACAUAACAGAACCAAAAAAGCACAUGCCCAGACACACCACAGUUCAGAUGAGUCUACCCAGCACUGUUACCCUAGCCUGCUGCUCUCUUGUUAUCUCUCCAUUAGAAAUGGUUUAGUGUCCUAAUUCUCUCCUGGCUUUCUCACACUGGAUAUCAUUUAAUGGUGGAGCUGAAGUGAGGAGAGAGGAGAACAGUUUUUGGCUUCACAUAUUGGGAAAAUAUUCAAAAAGGUGGGGAGGGCCACAUUUCCCUUUUUUCAUUUUUGAGGGUUUUCGUUAUCACUGAACAGUGUUCUUACCGAACCCAGGCUUCGGUUAUGAUACUGUUGAGUCCACGUUCUAGUGUCUGUCUUUAGUUGUCUUUAAUUGGGUUAUUUUCUUAAUAGAAAAAAUUCUACCUCUGGAAUUAAUGUUGAAGGAGCUUUGCGUGUUCUCAGGGGUGACGAUAUCCUCUUGGAAUGCUCUAUUUGGGAUGGUUGACACAGU